CGAACAUUAAAUUAUUUUGACUUUUGACAUUUUUAUUCUCUAUGGUUUAAUUUUUCUGAACCGGAUAACGUCAAUCUUUUUUUAAAUUGUGGUUAACGAAAGAAUGCAGUGAUUCAGAGGUAUCAACAACAAAUAUUUAAUAUCAUGGCUUCCUCCCUGGUAGGCCCCAAACCGGGUACAGUUCAGAAUAUUAAAUACUCCGGUUCUGAUGCUGAGUUUUGUACAGAUGUUACGGGUGAAACAGUAAUCAUUUCCAGUAAUGAUGGCAGUCACACUCAUGGAAGUUCCAAACUGAAAUUAAUAGAUAGAAUAGACUAUAACUGGGAAUUCCGUUACUAUCAUGGGCACCUUGUUGCAGCUCAUAUUAAUGGAAAAGUUAUUGCAUAUGCAAUGAAAGGAAAGGAAGGUGGUAUGGUGAGAGUUACCAACCAAGAAACUGGUAUAAGAGCUCUAAUAAAGAAUUUUAAAGAUGAUAUUAAGGACAUUGCUUUUGCCUAUAUAAGAGAAGAAAUUAUUUUAGGUUGUGUAGAUAGUGAAGGAAAUAUAUUAGUCUACAAAAUAACUGAUGAAACAAAUUCAAUAUCAUCUACAUUACUUUUACAUGUAUAUCAUCAUCAUCGUUCGAGUAUAUCGAAAAGUAAUUAUAGACUUAUAUGGUGUCCUUAUGUGCCCCCUAUUGACGACGACGAAGACGUUGAUACAGUAGUUGAUCCAGAUAAAAUGUUUGUAGUACUGAAUGGAACCAGAGCCUCAAUAUACAAUUUAAGUAUGUUAAGUGAAAAAUGUCUUGUAAGCAAUAUAAUCGAUCCUGAUGAAAGCUUUGAAGGGUACAUAGAAAUUAAUCACAACGCUGAAGUACUAGAUGCUUCAUUUGCUUCGGAUGGUACUCACAUAGCCAUAGCAACUGGAGAUGGAUAUGUUAAAUUUAUUCAAUUAUAUUUUUAUAACUCGGAGAAGCAAAAAUCGCUUUUUGAGUUUAGACCUCAUGAUGGUACUCCUCUUUCGUCCCUGAUGUUUAUAGAUAAAAUCUUGGAGCCCAGUUCAGAGUGCUGGAAAUUUUUAAUAACAGGAGCAAACGACAAUUCCGUAAUAAAAUUGCAUUCUUGUGAAACUUGGUCCUGCUUACAAACAAUCCACUUUAAACCCCAUCCCAAUUCAAUAUCUGGCCUGUAUCUCAACGUGUCAACUGAUUAUACCGGUCAAUAUCUAUUAGUAUCAGAUAUUAACUACAGAGUUCUGUAUGUGUUAGAAUUAAACAGAAAUGACAAAGAACAAAGGGUGCAAGUCACAAGGAUGGCGGGGUUUUUACUUCCAGCCCCUUUCCUAAGUUUUCACAUAUUAGAAGCUACUAGUCGUAUUAUGCCAUUUUCAUACAAUAAUAGUACGGAAGACGAAUUUUACGAAGACAGAGAUGAAUUUGAUGAAGAUUCAGAAAGAACAGCAAUUUGCUUGAAAAUGUUAGUUAUACAACCUAAGAAGUUCCAAGAAUGUAAUAUAGUUUUCGAACCUGAAACUAUGUCUUAUAAUUCGUUAAAUAAUUCUGCAGAAGUGAUGGAGAAAACCGAAAAAUUCCCCAAAUUGGACGAUCUACAAGAAUCAGUAUCUUUGCUCAUACAACAAAAAAGCAGUUCAAAUUUGACUUUAAUGACACCAGAUGACUUUACACCUUCAGGGCGCAAUACACGGCCGAACAGUGUUAGAAAUGAUACCAGCAAUUCUUUAGAAGCAUCUAUAGCUGAAAUAAAUGACGUCGUCGUUGAUAAUCUUAUAGAUUUCCAAAGACCUCAGAAAGACAAUUUUGCCAGUGGUGGUUCUAGUCCGAGCAGAGAGGUGCAAGAAAUAUUAUCUUUGAAUAAUUCUACGUACAGCACUCAAGACUUCUUUGACAAUCUUCCCAAGCUUCAAGACAAUCAAGAGGAGCCCCAAAAAGACUACUCAAAUCACACUAGCCUUAACUAUCCGGACAAAAUAACUAAUGAAUCAGUUGUAAAAUGUUGGCAAAAUGUGCCUGUGGUUCAAGAAAAUGAAAUUAUAAAAGACGAAGCUCUAAGAAAAGAAUUAAGAUUAAGUGCUGGCGAUGAAAAAUCACAGUUCCAACUACUAGGGUAUCGUAUUAAUGCCUUAGAAAACAUAGUGCGAGAACAAAACGUUCUUAUCGAAAAAAUCCAUGGCGAUAAAAAAGAAGUGGAUUUGGCCUUAUCAAAUCAACAAUUACAAAUCAUGAAGAUGUUAGAAACGCUCGUUACCAUGCAGAAAACUACUGAACGAGAUUUACAAGAAAACAUUUUGACUGGGGUCAGUCAAAUUUUCACGAAAUCCUUAGCGGACAAGGUACAGCAGAUCCUUGCGAGUGAAGUUAAAAUGGUUAUUUUACCAGCUAUUCAAAGUCAAGUGGAGUCAUACAGACAUCAGCUUGAAAGUCAGUACGCUCAAAAAAUAAGUCAUACCGAUAUGAUGUUAAGGGAUAAUAUCGCAAAAGCUUUUAAUAAUAAGGCACUGGCAGAUACCCUUAGCUUGUCCGUUGUAAACAUCGUAGCACCUAGUCUUGAAAAAUGUUAUCGGGAUAUAAUUUCUUCAUCUUUAAUACCGUCCUGGGAACGAGUAUGUGGACAAAUGUUCCAACAAAUUAACGAAACAUUUACUCGAGGUACCAAAGAAUAUACUGCAUCAGUAGAAAGCUACAUGGACAAACAAAGAAGAGUGCAAGAGAAGGGAAAAGAUUUGAUAGUACAAAUGCAAAAUGUCUCAGAAACCAUGAAAACCAAUGCUGACAAAUUAACUAGCAAUUUGACGACUGAGAUACAUAAACAGUUUCAAACGGUUUUUAAAAGUAUGAACGAUAAGCUUACGAGUAAUAUACGAGAGAUUGUGAUGGAACAGGUAAAACAAGGAUUCAAAAGUCACGCUACUGUCAUAGAAGACAGUGUUAUGAAUGCAGUCCGAUCAAGGGCAGUUACUCCAUCACCACUUCUGGAUUCUCAUGUGACUACCAUGAACCAGAUUCAACUUUUUAUAUCAAGACACAAUUAUAACGACGCCUUUCAAAUAGCACUAAGCGCUGAAAAUUUGGCUUACGUUAUUCACGUGUGCGAACGUGUUGACAUACAAACUUUGUUCGGCGAAGAAUGUCUUUUACAACAAAGUUGUCUGCUAGCCCUUAUCCAACAACUGAGCUUGGAGUUAAAUAAGAAUACAGAUCUGAAAUUAAGUUACAUUCGUGCUGCGUUCCUGUCUUUAUCGCCAGAUUGUACAGCAACAAAACAUUUCAUUCCAAAGGUUUUGAAAGAUUUGUUAAAGCAGCUGAACCUCUUUAUUCAGUCGAAUCCACCAAUGAAACAAUUAAAAGAAGCAAAACUUAUUAAAAUGGCUGUGGAAAGCAUGUUAGUUAAGUGAUAUAUGUUAUUUUUAUACUAUUAUUGUAAAAAAGUCUUGUUUAUUUUCUUGUGUAUUGGUAUUUGCGUAUUAUUUUUUGAUACGUUUGGCAUAUGGCUUUACAUUUCAAUAGUCUCUCACUAGGAAUAUCCUAUCCCUGAAUAAUAAAUUUUGUUUUAAAAAACAAUACAAAUAUAACAAGUGUAAAAAGUCCCACGACUAACUAGAGUCUGAAUAAUGUGUUCACCGUGUCUUGUUUGAGUGAGAAACGCAUGUGGGUUCAUCUCCAUGUGUGAAUUCUUGAAAUGAAGCGGCACAUUUGGUCGUCCAAACAUGUUGUAAAAUUCCUGUAUAUUCUUUGUUUCUUGAACUAUUCACCAAAUAUUAUAUACAGAGUGGGCCAAACAAAAGAGUCCACCUCGAUAUUUGGCGGUAUUUAUUAGAUUUUAUGAAAAUAAAAAAACAGGUCAAUUUUUUAUCUAAGGGGGACACAUUUUAUGGUACAUACAUCUGUCAUUUGUCAACCCCUUCCCUUCCACUUCCCCUUAUUUUUAAAUAGGGAAUAGGGGUCGUGUGCUAGCUCAUUUGAAAGGUUAUUCAAUUCUCUAUUCAGUAAUAUUAAUAUUGACAUAAUCACUUACACAGGGUGUCCAAGAAAAAUUAUUUUGAAUUAAAUUAUGUAAUUGACAAAAAGAGAAGAAUGUACGUAAUUUAUUUAACUCAGAAUACAUUCUACAAAAAUGUUUUUUGAUAAGUAGAUAUUGUUUUUCGCUUAAUUUCAAUGUUCAAGCUGCCAUCCAUCUGCCUCUUGGUAGGUUGAAUAUUGAAUUUAAGCAACAAUGUUUAUUUAUCAAAUAAACAUUUUUUUCUGUUUUCUGUCAGCAGUAGAAUGUAUUUUGAAUUAAAUAAAUUACAUACAUUCUUCUUUUUGUCAAUUAAUUUAAUUAAAAUAUUUUUUUCUUGGACACCCUAUAUAAAUAAUUAUGUUAAUGUUGAUAUUACUGAAUAGAGAAUUGAAUAACCUUUCAAAUGAGCUAGCGCACGACCCCUAUUCCCUAUUUAAAAAUAAGUGGUGGGGGAAGUGAUUAGAUCAAAAAUUGACCUGUUUUUUUAUUUCCUUAAAAUCUAAUAAAUACUGCCAAAUAUCGAGGUGGACUCUUUUGUUUGGCCCACUCUGUAUUUCGGUACCUAUAUAAAAUAUUGGUAGUAUAUUCAUUGACGUCUUUCAGUGUUCUCUGUCAUUAAUUCUUCUUCUUGUAGUGCCUAUCCGUUUCGGAUGUUGGCGGCCAUCAUGGCAAUCUGUACUUUGCACACUGCUGCUCUGAAAAGAUUUGUGGUUGUUGUAUUGAACCACGUACGUAGAUUUUUCAGCCAGGAAAUCCUUUGCCCUCCUGGUUCCCUUUUCCUUCUACGUUUCCCUGCAAGAUUAGUUGCAGCAGUCCAUAGCUUUCGCUGUUCCUGAUUUCGGCUGUUUUUAUUGUGGUCUGUCAUUCGACUUGAUAUUUAAUGACUUCAUCUUGCAUGCUGCAGUUAAUUCUUCAUUACAUUUCCCUAUCUAAAUUUCAUGUUUUGAAACACUUCUGAACGUCUCUCUGUGUGCUUCUUCUUCUUAAAGUCUUGUCGAUGAGUCGUUGUAGAUCCAAGUCGGAAUCCCCAAUCAACACCGUAUCAUCGGCGUAUCUUAUGCUGUUGAUAUUUACGCCAUUCACCUUGACUCCAUCAUUGGAAUCCUCCAGUGCCUCUUUAAAUAGAAACUCGAAGUAAAUAUUGAACAGCAGGGGCGACAGAACACAUCCUUGUCUAACUCCCCUCCUAAUUUCUUCUUUUGCGGAACCUUCGAUCCUAACUUUAAACCAAUUCUCGUCGGUAACUUUGUCGAUAUUCUACAACAAAACACUCCAAUGCCUGCGCAUCAAUUAAACUAACAUUGUCCAAACUUUUAGUAUUCGUAGUUUCAAACCUUGUCGCCGCACUAUAGAAAUUUCCCUAUUUGGACAUUAGUAACAAAUAACCAGUUGAGAAUGUUUAUUUUAAUACAGUAUUGCCCAAAAUAAACAGUACUGAAACUGAAACACAGAUAUAUCUUUGUGCGAACUGUCAUAUUCAAACUAACUAGUAUAGACCUGUCGAGUAAUCUUUAAAUAAUUACUUAUUAAGGCCUAAUUGUUAAAAAUGGUGUUAAAUACAGAGGAGAAAGUGUUUCUCGUGGAGCAUUAUUUUCGCUCAUACGGAAUCGGCCGACGUAAUAGUACAAGUCUGCUAUACGUGUGAUAAAUUCACACAACAGUUUAAUAAACAUUGUCCAAGUAAUGCUGUAAUUUUGAAGGUUGUUGAAAAUUACGCAUUAGAACGUUAAUUAAACCGUUCAACGGCGUAACCAGGAUGAUCCUAAGGGGGGGAGGUUACAACUUCAAAAUGGCUUGAUUUGUCAACAACACAUAUUGGUGUCAAGCGUAUAGAGCUCAAAGUAGAUCCCAAUGGGGGGGGGGGGGGUUAUAACCCCCAAAACCACCCCCUGGUUACGCCUAUAAAACCGUUGCGUUGUGUGAAUUGAUCACACACGUAUUGCAGACUUGCACUAUUACGUCGGCCGAUUCCGUAUGAGCGAAAAUAAUGCUCCACGAGAAACACUUUCUCCUCUGUAUUUAACACCAUUUUUAACAAUUAGGCCUUAAUAAGUAAUUAUUUAAAGAUUACUCGACAGGUCUAUACUAGUUAAUUUGAAUAUGACAGCGCGCACAAAAAUACAUCUGUGUUUCAGUUUCAGUACUGUUUAUUUUGGGCAAUACUGUAUUAUUUCAUAUAAUAUUUAUUUAUUUUCUGCACUACUUCUUUCGUAAUUAUUUUCUUACUUCUUUUAGAUUUUUUCAAUUACAAUGCGUUUAAAAGAUUUGAUAUUAAUUUUGGGUUUCUUGCGUUCAGUUCACGCUUAAUAUGAUCGCAUAGGAAAGUGUUUUCGAUGCAUUGUUGCCAUAUCGUUACCAAAAAAGAUUAACGAAAUCUUAUUUAUGAAAAAUAUCUAGAUUUCAGACUUUUAGUUCAGGAUAGGUAAAGCCAGUGCCAAAUAUUUAUUCCAUGAUUUUCUAAAAAUGUUACUAGUUAUGGACGUAACUUAUUGAUUUACUUGAAAUAUUACUUUCAAAUACGUUUUAGUUUAGAUAUCAGUAUUUUUUAUUAAAACCGUAUUUUUAACAUUCUAAGUUCUUAUGUAUAUUAAUUUGAAUAAUAUACAUACCAUCAAAAACAACACAUUUAUUUUUGUAUACUUUUCGUUGUCGUGUUUUUGAUAUUUUCUGUUCAGACUGUGUUGCAAUACGAAGAAAUAAUUUUUUUUAAAUAAAAUCAUAAAUCAAA